GCAUUGUGCUCUACAGAGCCAACUCCUUAAUCGCCCUGCUUGAUUUGAAUUCUGAUAUUUUCGGUAUUGCUUCUUCUUUUAUAUUCCAAUUCUGAUUUGGGUUUUAUAUACAGAGUAUAGACCAUGAUUUCUAGCAAGAAUUUGGCUAACGCCGUUGGAGGCAAAACGGCUAGAGCCUGUGAUAGUUGUAUCAAGAAGCGUGCACGAUGGUAUUGUGCAGCUGAUGAUGCUUUCCUUUGCCAGGCUUGUGACUCUUCGGUGCACUCGGCGAACCCGUUAGCCCGUCGACACGAAAGGGUUCGCUUGAAAACUGCAUCUUUUAAGAGUCUGGACAUCAAGAAUUCAGCACCAUCGUGGCACCAAGGGUUCACCAGAAAGGCUCGGACACCACGACAAGCGAAAUCCGUGAAGGUUGAAGAAAAGGCAGGAAACCCUGCUCCUCUUGUGCCUGAAGUUGGUUCUGAUGAGAACUCACAUGAAGAGUAUGAAGAGGAGGAGCAGCAGCUUCUUUAUAGGGUUCCCGUAUAUGACCCGUUUGAGUCGGAGCUAUGCACCUCAACUAUUUUAAAUGAACGAGAAGCAGCCCCGACUGUAGCUAAUGGAGGUGAAUCGAAGGAUUUGAUAGGUGGAUAUGGAGGGGAUGGAGAUAGUUGUCACGGGUUUCUUCCAUCAGAGAUGGAUCUUGCGGAAUUCGCAGCUGAUGUGGAGAGUUUGCUUGGAAGGGGUCUUGAGAACGAGUGUUUUGGAAUGGAAGAGCUUGGUCUUAUGGAUUAUACAGAGGAGGAUAUGAGGGAGUGCUCUGUUGAGAAGGGAAAAGUGAAGCUAGAAGAGGAAGAUGGAGUUGAAGUUGUUGUAAGGGAACGUCAUGGUGCUCAGAUUGAUAUGACAAGAGAACCCUUCGAAUUGAACUUUGACUAUGACUCUCAUGCAACAUGUGCCGAGGAAGAAGAGAAGGUGGGGUUCGAGGAGAAGGUCGUCAAGAACUGUGAAGGGGAGGAAGAAAAUGGUGGAAAGAAGAAGAAGAGGAAGAUGCAAUUAAGUUUAGAUUAUGAAGGGGUCAUGACAGCAUGGGCAAGCCAAGGGUGUCCAUGGACUACUGGGAGUAGGCCGGAUAUCGACGAAUGCUGGCCUGAUUGCAUGGGUACUUGCGGAACAACAAUUCAGCAUCCUUACGGUGGCUUUGGUGGAUAUCGGGCCAUGGGGGACGGAGGGAGAGAGGCAAGAGUGUCAAGGUACAGAGAGAAGCGCCGAACGAGGUUGUUCUCGAAGAAAAUUAGGUAUGAAGUUCGGAAACUGAAUGCCGAGAAGAGGCCAAGAAUGAAAGGGAGGUUUGUCAAGAGGACGUCCUUUCAAGCAUCCUGUUAAAUUGUUCAUUCGCUAACACUAAGUUUUCUGCACUUGCUCAUUAAAAUGGGUGUGUUUUUUAGCCUCCUGGCUUUUGCACAAAUCCAAUAAAGCAAAUGAAUGUAAAUGCGAAAGGUUACAGGUUUAACUCCCAUGCCUAGUAGAUUUGGAGGUUUUUCCCGUAAGGGUUUCAAGUCGGUCUAAACUAUCGUCAAUAUAGAGCAUAUUGGGUUG